GCCUUUCAUACAUGCUCCAACAAUCGUGCGCUUGAAGGUCGGGACGAAUGCGAAACAGACAAGCCUCAAAAAUCGGCGUCGGAAACUUCAAAAAACGUAAAAAAAUCAAGUUCGUACUCGCUGUCGCGCUCGGCGGAGAAUACUGCGCGUCGCUGCCGCGUCGCCAAUCAGGGUACGCGUGUUUUCCGGUUAAAAAUUUUGUUGGUGCUCGUUACAACGGGCUCUGCGCUUAGAUGCAUGGCGGUCGCGUGGAGCUGGCAGAUGUGAAGGCUCUGCUAUCAUCCGAUAAUCCCGUAGCACAAAGUCAGGGACUAUCAAGUUUGCUUUCCCGUUUAAAGCAACCUUUCCCGAAUGCCAAAGCUAAGGUUGCUGCCAUUUCGCUCCUCUUUGACUGUCUUACGCAAUUCGGAGAUAAUGUAGCCGCAUGGUGUGCAGAGGCUAUACCAUUGCUACUGAAAACAGAUGUGCUGUCCAGUGACGAAGUAACAACACACUGUUACCUCAAACUCACUAGUGGGGAUGUUAAUGGUCAUCAUGCGCAAGUAAUUAUCAAAUUGCUCCUACACAUAUCGGUGUCUUUGACCAGUACUUGUCUGACUAUACUGCGCAAGAACCAGCGCUUUUCCGGAAAUCUGGUAGACGAGCUGCGCACCUGUAGCAGAGAUGGGUACAUAUCCACGUUGAAAUUUCUCCUCUUUAGUGGGCUUUUGACCCACGAAGACAGUAUCUGUCUACUCUCACAAAUAAGUGAUAUCGCAGAGUCUGAUGACUCUUUCUUUGAAGACUAUGCGGAAUAUCUGGUUCAUGACUACUCACGUCGGUUUGUAGCCAACAGGAAGUCGACUCGAUGUGUUGAGGCUAUGCUCGUUCAUGCAGUAGAACUUUCGCAUCAAGAGUUCCUUUCACUCGAGCUAAGUCCGGAUCAUACAUUCACUGUGGCGGACGUUCUUCUAGCAUCGCCUGAUCUCCUCAUGAAUGAGAAGCUUCCAGCUACGCACGUUCUUCUUCCUUCUUUAUUCUCUACUUAUUCGAGUAGAUCAGAGCUUGCCAAAUGUUUACCCGGUCUGGUUUCCGCUGAUCAGCUGAAUCGGAUUAAAGCCGUGGUUGCUCGCUGCCAAUUUGUCUCUGAUUUUACUGAUUUCCGACUUCACGAAGAUAUGAACGGUUAUCUCUUUACUUUCGGGUAUUUGAAAUCUGUGGCCUCGGCAGGCAAAAUAUCUUCAUUUCUGGACUGUUGGCUUUCCAAAUUGGAAGUAAUGGAAGUUUCUGAUCGAUCUGUAAUCUUUCUCGUCGCUCUCUUUCCCUAUGUCAAUGCGUCUGCUUUGGAAAAAUGCUGUCAACUUUUGGGUGAACUCAUUAAACGUGCCUCUGGAUUGGUCAAUAGUCUUUUACUUCUUUUCACCACGCUCUAUGCGAAGCCAUACUUCAAAGUGGAGAAAACCUCGGUUUUGAAGGCUAUUGGCGGGCUUUUUGUGAAUCGAUUUGCUGUAACUCCUGCCGUCAACUUUCUCUCAGUAGUAUGUCGGAAGGGAGGAGAAGAACGCGACAUUGCGUUUGAACUUCUUGGAAGUCUGGUGGCGAAAUUUCCCACAGCGUUCGAUAUGGUGAAGCCGCUUUCCAUUCCUGCUGACGCUGAUCCUUUGGGUGUUUUGAAGGCAAAGCUCAAACUGAUGACCACACUUUGUGUAUCGACUGACCGAUCUGACGAAUUGCUUCCAUCACUUUCAAGCUUGUUAAAGAAAGAUGCUAUAACUGUUGAAGCCGCUAUUUCGGUGGUGAAAGUCCUUUGCAAGGAAGAUAUUCUGGAUGUUGAUACUGUGCGUAAACAACUAGGGAACAAAGUGAGACAACCUGGAUUUGAAGGGUCUCUUGCUGGAUACUGUGAAAUUCUCGCAACAGCUGCUUCACUCAAAGAGCAAGAUGAAGGGGACCUAGUUGGUGAUUGUGUGAAGGAGUUAUGGGAGAUUACUGAGAUCCGUCGUGAUAAUCCUCAGAUAAUCACUGCACGAAAGGCUGCUUGGGCGGCUCUAGCUUGCUUUGACGCUUUGUCACUCAUCAGUGUCAUAAGUAAAACCCCACAGGAUUGGAUGACUAUGUUUGCCGGACUUGAUCCAGAGGAAAGAAAAGGUUUAAUUGUUCUUCUCCAAAAGCUCGUCGCUGGUGAUUUGGAGUCUCUGUCAAGAACGCUGUACACAAAGGAGUACAUCCAUAAAUCUGCAUUGGCAACUUUCAUCACAAACCUCCACAACGCGCUGAAGAGGACCCAUCAAGAGGCGCCAUGGUUUUGGUCUGCAACCCUGCCGCUUUUUUCCGUAAUCGCAAAUGAGUUUGCAGAGAGUGGUAAGGGACUACAGGCUAUCAAACUUCUUCGACGAGUUUUACGAGAGGUGCAUGUUAGUGAUCACAAAGUCGUCAAUCUUUUUGCUGGCUGGAGAAUAUGUGUUGUCAGUUUGCUUGGAAUUCUUACUCAGAGCAGUGACCCAAUGAAAGUGCGAGAUCAGCUUGUGGAAGAAUGUAAGCGAGCCCUCAGCACUACUGAACUUUCUGUAAACAAUGUCCUUAUCUUGUUAGCUAUCUUGGCUGGAGAGUUGAAAAAGUUUGGAGACCUGAUAUCAGAAGCAGAAGCCGCCACAGAUUUUAAGACAAGCAUGCGGCCUUGGUUUGUCGCUCUUUUGGAGUUCAUGCUUCCUAUCGUUUUCAACGAUUAUGACCAGAAGACUCAGCCACUUAUACAAGUUUGUGUAAACCAGCGAUGUGUCAAUGAAAACGUGGCUAGAACUGCUCUGUGGAUGACAUGUCAGUCCAUAUCGGAUGAAGUCAGAAGCUUCUUUGACGAUAAGCUUAUUGCACAAGCACUGGACUGGAGACUUGAACAAGAGGUUGAUCCAAACGGCAGUCUUUAUGCUUUGCUAACGGGUGGGACCGCAGAAGAGCCUACGAAUUCGCUGUCUAUAUCAAAAAUAUGGCUGUUUUCGGCCGCUUUAGGAGCAAAUGACUUGAUCACCAAUUCACUGAGUCGUUCGAUCCCACCCGACCAACACAUUGAAGACGUUGUGAAGAACUUCGAAGCGAAUAGGAACGUCAAUGAAAGCGAAGUUGUGGAAUUCUUCAAAAGAAUCGCGAACGUUCCGCUUAACACGUUCCGAAAGUAUGAGAAGCGCUUACGAAAGCCAUUGGAGCUGAUUUUCAACAAGGGUGGAGAACAGCUAAAGAGGGCAGCAUAUGAAGGACUUUCUCAUCUUGCUUCGGUUUCAUUGCUGACGGCUGCUUUUGACCUGCCACCUGACUAUGGACACUUGCCGGAGGACAGCAUUUUGCGCGCAGUCAUCGCUCAGUUCGGACCCAAAGCCAUAUGUCCCAAAAGUUCAAUCCACGAUUUGUUGCCAGUGCUUGUCGAUCAAACCCGAAGUGAUGGAAGACAUCUGCCGCCAAUGGAGUGGCAAUUUAUGUUGAUGUCCAUCGACUAUGAAAACGAUGAGGAGGCCAGGCUGAAUUUGCUCAAACUUGCCUUUCAGCAAAUGGAUGCACUGAUUAUCUAUGAGCUCACAAAUGAUGCUUUCUUAUCCGGCCCUUCCUCAUCUGCUGACUACCUAUCUAUUGUCUCAAAAAAGCUGCCUCUUGUUCUGGAAAUGAUGCCUCAAAUUCGUGCCAAAUCUAUACUUAAUAACCUUUUGGUGUUUGCUAUAAAACAAACCAUGCCAGGCUCGGAAAUAUUGAAUAACAUUGAUAGCUGCGGUAAAAAUCAGAUCGUUAUCGAAGCUUUGGCCUCUCAUCUUCCGAAGUUUGAAUCUGCCGAAGAUUUGCUGCAUAAGACUCUCAGUAUGAAAUGCAUAGGCCAGAGAUUCACAGGCCAGAUUUCUAGAUAUUUUGACUUUUGGCUAGGAUGCAGUGGCCGAGCGGAUGUCAAGCUUGUCUCCUUGGUAGAUUCAUACGCAGAAGAGCAAGAUAAGCCGAACGUGAUGCUCUCGAUAUUCGGAUUUUGUGCCAUGGCUCUACCUUUGCAGCAGCGCUUGGACAAGCUUGUUGACCUCAUGAGUAUAGGAAAAGUGAUGCUGAGCUGUCAAAGACCAUCUACACAUAUUUCGGCCGUUCUGAACCUAAUUCUUGCUUUGAUCUGCUCCUUACCAACUGACUUACCGAUUAAUUGGCUUUUUCCCGAAAUUACGAAUCUGUUACAUGCUCGAUGGCGAUAUUACUGGAGGAAACUGAUGCAGAAAUCAGGAUUUUGCCAACUUUUUGAUGUUAUAGCUGCUUUUCUUUUUCCUUGUUUCCUUCUCGAUGAUUUGGCUGCAUCAUCUGCAAGUUUUGUUAAAGCCAUGCUUGUGUAUAUACUAUCCAACAAGCCUGAGAUUGUCAGACCUUAUUUGGAAGACAAGAGCUUGUAUUGGGAGCGGCUUUUGUUAUGACCCACACUUGAUACAGGAAUGGAAACGUGUCUUCUGCGCUUGAAUAAAGCUUUUAUUGUUUCUUUGUUAAUAGGAACAAUACCAUGCAUAAAUGUUCAAAG